GAGAGAGAAAUGGCGCCUCGAUGCUGCGCUCACUGAGGCAGUGUUUGGAGCCGGCUAGGGAGAUUCAGUAAGGGCAGACAAAGGGAAAAAACAUGGUGAAUACAAGAAAAAGCUCACGGCCGGGAAGCGAUCUCUUCAUAUCCUCGAGGACUAGGUCGUCGUCGAGAACCGAGAUGAACUCUGAGGAACAUAAGGAGCCCAGUAGUGAUGUGAGCAGUCCCAGCAGCCCGCGCUUGGCUCCCCCUUCCAAGCGAACGCGGCGGCAGACGGCCUCUGAGCCCAGCUCCAGCGACACCUCUCCGUCCCCACAGACCAAAGCCCAGAGGGUCAGCUGGGAAAUUCCCACCUACCGCACCAGGUUGUCCUCUCGCAUCAUGCAAAAUGGCCACGCCCAUAUGAGUCACCGGAAUGAGGAGCGUGGAGUGGGGGAUCACUCUCACAUGAAUGGACAUGUGGAGCUGAAGAGGAGCUGCCGAGUGAAGAAGAGCCAGUUCGAACACCUCAAUCAGAGCCUGCUGUUCGACCAGCUGGUCAACAGGGAGGGACGGGGACCCCUACUUCCACCACGACUGUCGACCAGGCGGACUGCUCAGUGCGUCAGGGGUCUGCGGCCAUAUCGACAAACCACCCGACCCAUCUUGAAACACAGACCUCGUCUUGUUUACCGUGCUUUCACUGCCGAGGCUGUCCUUCAGGAAAUGGACAACAUCAGCAGCAUCAGGCAGAACCGCGAGGUGGAGCGUCUCCGCAUGUGGACAGGAGACACUGAGGAGGAAAACAUGGACAUGUAUUCCCGGGUGAAGCGCAGGAAAUCCAUGCGCAGGAGCACUUUCAGCAUGCCCACACACCACAAAGCCAUGAGUAAAACUGAGCAGGAGGAUGAAGAGGAGGAAGGAACGGAAGAUUCUCACGGUGAGGAAGAAGAGCAGGAUGCAGAGGAUGAAGAUGAUGAAGGGGAUGAAGCAGAAGAAGCAGGGGAGGACAAUGACAGACGGUAUAACCUGAGGCAACGAAAGGCUGUGCAGAGAUAUGAGGCACCACCUAUCGAGCCGGUGAACAGAAAACAGAGCAACCCCUCACUUUUUGACACCCUCAGAUCCCCAGCAAGAAGAAGCCAUAUAAGAGUCAAGAAACACGCCAUUCACAGCAGUGACACCACCUCGUCUUCUGAUGAAGAGCGGUUCGAGCGGAGAAAAGGCAAAAGCAUGACCCGGGCCAGGAACAGAUGUUUGCCCAUGAACCUGACUGGAGAAGAUUUAUCUAGUGGGGUGCUGCGUGAUCGGGUGAAAGUGGGUGCCAGCUUGGCUGACGUGGAUCCCAUGAAUCUUGAUAGCUCAGUGAAAUUUGACCAUGUGGGAGGCCUCAGUAACCACAUCAAGUCACUUAAAGAGAUGGUUGUGUUCCCACUGCUUUAUCCUGAGAUCUUUGAGAAGUUUAAGAUUCAGCCCCCCAGAGGGUGUUUGUUCUACGGGCCUCCCGGGACGGGAAAGACUCUGGUAGCACGGGCGCUUGCCAAUGAGUGUAGCCAGGGAGACAAGAAGGUUUCCUUCUUCAUGAGGAAAGGAGCCGACUGCCUCAGCAAGUGGGUCGGGGAAUCAGAACGCCAGCUACGCCUGCUCUUCGACCAGGCUUACCUGAUGAGGCCAUCCAUCAUCUUUUUUGACGAGAUUGAUGGUUUGGCUCCUGUUCGCUCUAGCAGGCAAGACCAGAUACACAGUUCUAUUGUGUCCACACUCUUGGCCUUGAUGGACGGCUUGGACAGUCGCGGGGAGAUAGUUGUCAUCGGUGCUACAAACAGACUUGACUCUAUCGACCCGGCACUCAGGAGGCCUGGACGCUUUGACCGGGAGUUUCUGUUCAACCUGCCCGACAAGAAGGCCAGAAAGCACAUCUUGGAGAUUCACACACGGGAAUGGAAUCCCAAAUUGUCUAAGCCGUUCAUAGAUGAAAUUGCAGAAAAAUGCGUCGGCUACUGCGGCGCAGACAUCAAAGCACUUUGCACAGAGGCAGCCUUGGCCGCGUUGCGCCGCCGCUACCCCCAGAUCUACGGCAGCAGCGUCAAACUGAGCCUGGAUGUCACCUCCAUCGUCCUGGGGGCCUGCGACUUCAGCAAGGCCAUCAGGACAAUCGUCCCCGCCUCCCAGAGGGCACUGGCCCCCCCCGGCCGAGCCCUGUCCCCCACCCUCAGGCCCCUGCUGGCCAGCUCUUUCUCCUUGGUGCUGAAGGCCCUGCUCCGAGUCUUCCCCCAUGCUCACUGUACUGACGGGGACAACACACACGGCGGUGACAAUCAACUGCUCGAAGAGGACUACAGCGACGAUGACAAUAAGCAACGCUCCACUUCCAUCUAUGAAGUCCAGCCUGCUGCAUCCCCAAAGACUCAGCUUUCCUCUUCUGCAACGCACACACCCUUCCUCCACUUCUCCUUCUCCGCCCUCCAACAGCCCACAGCAUACCGGCCUCGUCUGAUGCUGGCUGGGGCCUCGGGCUCAGGACAGAGCUCCCACCUGGCCCCCGCCUUGCUGCACCACCUAGACAAACUGCCGGUGCACCGCCUGGAUUUGCCCACUCUCUACUCCGUCAGUUGUAAGACGCCAGAGGAGUCCUGUGCUCAGGUUUUCCGGGAGGCCCGGCGGAGCGUGCCCAGCGUGGUCUUCAUGCCGCACAUCUCAGAGUGGUGGGAGACAGUGAGUGACACUGUGAAGAGCACCUUCCUCACCCUGCUGCAUGAUGUGCCCUCCUUCAGCCCCGUCCUCAUCCUCGCCACAGCUGAGACUCACUACUCACAGCUGUCAGACGAGGUGAGGAGUAUUUUCCAGAGGUCUUACGGGGAGGUAGUGACGCUGUGCCCUCCGGAAGAAGAGGACAGGAGGAGCUUCUUCUCUGACCUGCUGCUGGAGCAAGCAGCCAGGCCUCCACCACGCCUCAAGAAUCAAGGGAGGUGUGAAGAGGUUCUGCCAGCGGCUGAGGCUCCGGGGCCCAGAGUCCUGUCAACAGAGGAACAGCGCCGCCUGGCUGAGCAGGAGGAGAACACACUACGCGAGCUCAGGCUCUUUCUCAGGGACGUGACCAAGCGCCUGGCCACCGACAAACGUUUUAACAUCUUCAGCAAGCCAGUUGACAUCGAUGAGGUGUCUGACUACAUGGAGGUGAUUCUGCAGCCCAUGGAUCUGUCCACCAUCAUGACCAAGAUUGACACCCACCAGUACCUGAGGGUGAAGGACUUCCUGGGAGACAUCGAUCUCAUCUGCAGUAAUGCUUUAGAAUACAACCCUGACAAGGAUCCUGGAGACAAGGUGAUCCGGCACCGAGCAAGCAGUUUAAAGGACACCGCUCACGCUAUAUUUGCUGCCGAGCUGGACCCAGAGUUCGACCGCAUGUGCGAAGAAAUCAAAGAGGCGCGCUGGAAGAAAG